AUGUAUGAAGCUCGUUAUCGGGAGCUUGAUGAGUUUUGUCAAAAGCUACAGGUUGUAGCAGCACAACUAACAAAUGCUAUAGACAGACUACCUCAGGGAGGAUGCACUGAUGCUUGUUCCCACGUCUCUUCAUCUGCGUCGCCCAAUCAGAGAUUAUUGCCUCAACAGGGCAAAGUCUCAGCAACAACCGGCACCGCCACUGAUUCAGGAAGCAACGGUCACUCUCAACCGCGGCCCAGUGAUGCUGACGAGCAAAAUACCGACCAGAGUCAGGAGCAAGUGAAUAAUUCUGGAGAGUUCGGAACUCAAGCAUUUGGCUCCUUGGUCCACGACUCAUAUGGCGCUCUGAGGUUCGUUGGUGGCGCGAAUAAUGAGUUUCUGCUGCAAGCGGUUGAUAGCUUGACUCUGGAACCAUGCCAGGGCUCUGAUGAUUCCCCUUACUCCGUCAGAAGCCAACAAGACACAACUAAGAUGAUAGAGAGACCAAAGCCUGAGCUUCCAUUCUUUGUUCAUGGUCUCAGAUGGCGUGACCUACCCUACCUCCCCAAAGCGGAGGACGUGAAUCUACCACCGAAAUACAUCGCUAAUAUGCUAGUUGGCCUAUAUUUUGAGCAUUUUCACUAUACCUUUCCUGUAAUUUACAAGCCGUAUUUCACAGAAAGCUACAAGACUCUAUACACAUCACAACGAGGCUCCAUACAAGAUACCGGGUUUGUUUCGAUCUUCUUCGCAGUUUGUGCUUGCGCAUCAAGUUUGACCGCCCCCGACGGGAAUCACUCAUCUUUCCCUGGGCUUGAGUUUUAUGAGAAGGCUCUGGUCUUGCAUUACGCUACAACUGGUCAAGCUACCAAGUCUCGGGUACAGUGCCUAGCAUUGAUCUCGAUGUGUUGUGCUGGUUGGAAUACUUUGUCAACGAGCUGGAACUUUUCUGGUCAAGCUAUAAGAGCUGGUCAAGAAUUGGGGAUGCACUUAGAAGUAGCACCGUCAACCACGGAAUCCCCAAGAAGUCCAGCCGCUUCAGUUGAGGUUGAAAUUUACAGACGAAUCUGGUGGAGCAUCUACUGCUUAGAUAGAAUUACUUCUAUCUGUCUUGGGAGGCCAAUGGCCGCAAAUGAUAGCGACUGCUACUGUGCCUUACCACUUCCCCUCGGAGACGAGGAACUAGAUACACUAUACAGUGUAGAGGGAACUUUAGACCAUGACAUGAACCAACGUUCAGCUCUAUCAGGCUUUCUAGAUAUCAUAGGGCUUUGCAAAGUAGCUGGUGAAGUGCAAAGCAUUCAAUCGCCGGGUGAGAUACGCGACCUUGGAAGAAAGGCUGGGCAGAAAAGGGUCAUGGAUCUAGCUCUGGGGCAAGAAAAGUCAUUAGACAGCUGGCUCAAAGAUCUUCUAGAACACCUACAAUCAUACGAGAGGUAUUGGAACCACUAG